GUAACACUUGAGGAAGUUACAUGUAGUUGUUUGGAAACAAGACCAGAAGUCUAUAUCAGAUGUAGAGUUAGCACCUUUCGGCCGGCCUGACCAUGCCAGGAGACGUCCUAUUGCUGUGUGUUCUGGCCAUCCUAAUAACCUUCGUACCAGAAGUUUCCUGUCCGUGGGUUGAUGUGGAGACGGGACCGUCCCCUAUUCACGUCGUGCGGGGACAGACGGUAACCCUCCCGUGUACCUACACCAUCAUGGGUCCUCCCUCCGGCGACCUCACCAUCACCUGGUGGCGGGAACCCACCGUGCCGUCUGACACGCGCCAGAUCGUGCACGAGGCCCGGCGGCCCGGAGACCCAGACGGCCGGGGGUGGGGCCAGUGGGAGGGGCGCACGUCUCUGGCCGGGCAGGCGUCGUUACGGAUGGAGACAGUCGGUACAGAAGACGCGGGGACGUACGAAUGUGAGAUUAGGAACUUCCAACAUGGGGCUGGACGAGACUACGUCACUCUUAACGUUAUCGUUCCCGCCAAUCCGCCGCAUAUCCAAGGUAACACACCGUCUCCUGCCUGGUUCACCCUCUCCCUCACCUGUACGUCUUCAGGUGGACACCCUGCACCUAGAAUCACCUGGACAAAAGCCGGACACAUCUUAGAACAAACACCUGUGUCCACCACCGACUCACAGGUGUCAUCCAUGCUCAACCUGCGACUUUCUAAAGAAGACAACCGGGCACAAGUCACGUGUACGGCGACUCAAGACGGCACACUACCACUUACUGACUCCGUUCUACUGAACGUUACCUAUCCGCCAGAAGGAACUAUAACGAUUACUCCUGGUUGGAUAACGGUUGGCCAGGCUGUGUACCUCCACUGUCAGGUGGACAGUAACCCUCCGCUGCGGGGCGGUGUGCGGUGGUCCCGGGUGGGCAGGCCUCUCCCAGCCGACGGUGUUGUGGGAUCGCACGGUACCUACAGCUACUACCUCCCACAGGCCCGGCUAGAGCACCGCGGACGGUACACGUGCAGUACCAAGGGGGGAGUCGUCUUGGCUUCAGAAGAACUCAUCAUCCACGGUCCAUCUGAUACGCCGCCUCCGACUACGUCACCGGCAUCUGCUACCAGAAACGGCGAUCUGGUCGUCAGGACAAGUCACAGAACCACAGGGGCGGUACAGGUCGGGACUGCGUCUUCAGCACCAAGGACAGCGGUCACCCGGGAAGAGCAAAUCAUAGAUGACUCUGUAGUUGCCGACCCAGGCGCCAGUCCGACGCCAUUGAAAAUCGCGACCAUCACGUUAGCAUCUGUAGGCGGGAUCGCGCUGUGUCUGGCUCUGAUCGUCCGGCUCCGAGACGCGUGCAGACGGAAGGCGCCGACUCCCGUACCCCGGGAUAAGGAGGCCCGGAGAGUCAACCAUGUCAAUCUGCAGCUAACACCAGACCAAGGUCCACAAGACCAACGAAACGAGGAACGUCAGAUAUUGAAGUCUGACUCGGGUGUUUAUGAGCAGGACCAAGAGCCUGUUCCACUAGGCUUCACCUUGUCGUCCAGAACGUGUCCAUGGCUGACAGAAGACCACCCGCUGGUCCAACAGUUACACGACGUACUGCUGUAUCCGGACCGGCUGGAGCUUGGCCCAAUUCUGGAUGAAGGGAACUUUGGUCUCGUCCGCAAAGCAGGACUGAGGUCGGAAGACGGAAGGAUGUCAACAGUCGCUGUGAAGACACUACAAGCAACCUCCCGUGCCCGAGCUCCAGAGGUGUCCUGUUUUCUACAAGAGGGAAUCACCAUGAAGGGUUUGGACCAUAAGAACGUGCUGGGGCUGAUCGGCGUGUGUGUACCCCAGGACGGCUACCCCAUGGUCGUCCUCCCCUUCAUGCAGCACGGCAGCCUACUGUCGUAUCUAAGGAACGACCAGAAUGACGUGUCCAUGAAACAGGCUACCACGUUCUGUCUGGACGUAGCGAGAGGGAUGGAGUACCUGUCCAUGCUGAAGUUUGUACACCGAGACCUGGCCGCUCGCAACUGCAUGGUUAACGGUAGUCUGGAGGUGAAGGUUGGAGACUUCGGGCUGUCCCGCCACCUCCACACGAAGCAGUACUACCGCCUUGCUGACCAGGAUGACCGGGAGCUGCCCAUCAGGUGGAUGGCACCCGAGAGCUUCCGCCGCCGGACCUACACCACCAAGACAGACGUGUGGUCGUUCGGUGUGCUGAUGUGGGAGGUGAUGACCCGGGGUCUGCAGCCGUACCAGCAGCUCAGCAACACUGAGGUGGCGGGCUUCGUCUGCUCGGGACACCGCCUGGACUGUCCGGAGUACUGUACAGAGAGACUCCACGGCCUGAUGUUACACUGCUGGGGGGGCUAACCCUGACGACCGGCCGUCCUUCCCGGAGGUCACGGCAGAGCUGGAGCGGACCCUGUUGGCCUCCACCGGGCACCAGUACACCUCACUACAGCCGUGUUACGUCAAUCUUAGCGUUUUAGUCUAGGUCGUGCUCUAUCUGCCUCCACCGUCCGGGCACCAGUACAC